UCUACUCAAUUACACUCAUCUUAUGGAAGAAUUUUGGCCGCUUUGUCAUCAUCACUUUUCAACGUUCCGCUGCUUCCCAACGUGCUUAUCUUGGAUGUUAAUGCAAAUAAAAACCCAUGUCUUGCCACCUUCUUUUUGCACUUUUCAUUUUUUCAAUUUUCAUAAACUCUUCUCACCUCGUAUCUCCUGCACCCAACCACACACAAGCAGGUACAUGUGUAUUGGAUUUCAAAGCAUACGAAAAUGAAUAUAUGCAAUUUGUUGAAUGUGGAGAUGUGAAAGAGGAUAUAAGCAAGUGGGGUGCAGACGGUUUCCCAACCACACUAUGCUGCAGAAAUGCUCUCACACUUUUAUCAGAAGCUAUGGCCUCAUCACUCCAUAACUCAUCAGGACAACUCUUCCUUUCUCAACAACAAUUGCUAAACUGCAAAACUUCAUUUCAACCACAACAAGGGAUGUCACUCUCUUCAUGUGGCUUUGAUAACAUUUACUUUGGUAGCUCCAAAUGUUCAAGCUUAGUUUUGUUAGAUGUUCAGGACUUGUCACAGUAUUCAGAUGUUUCCAAAUGCAGCCAUUUCGACCAUUCGUUUGAUGAGUCAUGUGCUGAUUGUACAAGUACAAUAAUGAGUGUCAGAGAUGGUUUGUAUGGUAAAGUAAUGGACAAAGAUGACAACAAUGUUACUGAGAGAGCCAUAUGUGGAAUAGCAGCUCUUGUUGCUGUUGCAGCUAAACAACAGGAUGACCCUUUUCUUGCUGACAAAUUCUUGCGUUGCUUGCCACUUACAACAAGAUAUAAUAAGAAACCGGCAAUUAAGAAAGUGGUGUUGGGAGUGUUGGUGGUAGCUAUCCUUGCAUUACUGAUUAUUGGUUUCCUCAUAAAAUGUGUAUCAAAGAAGAAGCCAAUAAAGCAUGUUCAACUGAAACAAAUAGCUACAUGGUCAGGACUAUACUGGUUCACAAAAACAGAAAUUGAAAAUGCAAUGAAUUAUGAAAAUGAAAAGAUAAACCUUGGACGUGGGAGUGCUGGUGAAGUGUUUAGAGGUGUUCUGCCAAGUGGUCAAGUUGUGGCUAUCAAGCAUUUGACUAAGAGUAACACUUCUAGUUCUGAUUCUUUCACGCGAGAACUCGCUGGUCUUUCAAGGCUUCGUCAUCCCAACUUGGUUUGCUUGUUCGGUUGUUGUAUGGAAGAUGGUGAGAGAUAUUUGGUUUAUGAAUUUUGUGCUAGUGGAAAUCUCGCUCAACAUCUCUUGAGAAGAGAUAGCCAUUUGACAUGGGAAGCAAGAGUGAGGAUAUUGAGAGAAUGUUCAUUUGCGCUCAAGUAUCUCCAUCAUCACAUAGAGGGUUGUGUUGUCCAUAGAGAUAUCAAGCUUACAAACAUUCUUUUGACUGAGAAAUACGAAGCCAAAUUGUCUGAUUUUGGAUUGUCAAAGAUGAUGGGGAUGGAAGAGAGCAAGGUUUUUACAGAUGUUAGAGGAACCAUAGGUUACAUGGAUCCAGAGUACAUGAGUAAUGCCAAGCUAACAUGUGCAAGUGAUGUAUACAGUUUUGGUAUUGUUGCUUUGCAAAUUUUGUCAGGACAGAAAGUUAUAGAAUUGGAUCUUGAUGCCAGAGAUCAACUCACCAGAAAGGCAAGAGAUGUGAGUAUGGGAAAACGUCCACUGUCGGAUUUUGUAGACUCGCGGCUAAAGGGACAAGUUGAUAAGGCAGAUUUUGGAGCCAUUUUACAGAUUGCAGUACUUUGUGUUGCCAAAUCAAGCACAGGUCGGCCAUCCAUCGAGGUUGUUUUUGACGAAUUGGACAAGGUCUACAGAGACAUGGAGGCACGCAAGAAAGCGACCCCAACAACAUCAACCUCUAGCUCUAAUUGACUCCUCUAUGAAGUGCUCAUAUAUGUGUGUAUGCUUAAAAGUGAAAAAGUGAACCAGAAAGUUAGAAAAUGAAUAUGUACAUUAAGGUAUAUAUAAAUAUUAUUUUCAACAUAGAACGGCCAUCAUUGUCGUUAAAAGUCGCAUUAAAUCAUAACUUCUAAAUACA